GCUACUGGUGUCAGUUUGUUAGUUCUUUAAUAUAUUUUAUCUCCAGGAUUUCCGGGACAUGUGUUGUCAUCACGUAGGCUAAAUAGUGGGCUAUUAAAUCCGUACGAUUAUCCUAUAAUUCAACAAUAACACCUCAUUAGUAUUAUGCGGAUAUAUUUAAACCCAAGACUCAUGUGUUUCCCGACCUGGGAACAUAUGGGUCUUAGGUUUGAGAUUACUACUUUAUCUCUGACUAAGUGACAGACUAACAGACAGAUACUGCGGAGAAGAGGCGCACGAGGACUGUCAUUUAUGGAUCACGUGGAACUAACAAGAAACUUUAAUCCAGAGACCUUCACCCAGGCUGUACUUAAUGAGGGAAACUCCACAAGUCAUCUUUUAGGACCAAACCUAUACUGGAAAUAAACUUUUUGGUGACCUGGAGAUAGACCUGGAGAGCAUGCAGGGGUUGGAGGUUGGUACCAGGCUGCGCUACAGACUGACUCUGGCCUCGGGGAUGCUGGAGUGUCUGGGCUUUGCCGGUGUAGUGUUUGGUUUCGCCUCUCUGGUGUUUGUGCUGAAGGAAGAUGGCUACUUCAGUCAUCUGUGUGUCAGCGUCCCAGGUACCAACGGCACCAAGACCACUACCGACUGCACUAUGCAGGAUGAGCAGUUCUCUCUGGUCUUCACCGUCGCCUCGUUCCUCAACAACUUCAUGACUCUAAUCAAUGGCUACCUCUUCGAUCGAUUUGGCACCAUGGUAACCAGGCUGCUGGCAAUAUCUUUAUACACGACUGGGACCAUUCUUGUGGCCUUCUCCAGUGCAGCAUAUUCAGAGCUGCUUUAUCCUGCCUUGUCGUGUAUCGCUGUGGGAGGAAUUCUACUCCUUCUAACCAACAUGCAGGUGGGAAACCUGUUCUCUUCUCAUCGCUCCACCAUCAUCACCCUCUACAACGGAGCCUUUGACUCUUCUUCUGCUGUGUUUCUGAUCAUCAAGGUUCUGCAUGAGCAGGGAAUCUCUCUGCGCUCCUCCCUCCUUGUCUUGUCCUCCUGCAGCGUCAUCCACCUGCUGAGGACCUUCCUGCUGAUGCCCAAAACCCACAUCCCCUACCCUCUGCCGCAACACUUCACCUACGGAUUGAAUUGCAGGAAGGACAACACCUACAAUGUGGAGCAGUUUGAGAGGAUGAAAGACGGUGGCGUGAUAGCAUCACAGGAGUCUCCAGCUGAACCUGAGGACCAAGCCCAGGCCCAAGACUCAGAAAAUGUGGCGAGUUUCCGGAGCUGUGUUCUGUCCUGGUUCUUCCUGUGGCACUUGUUGUGGUUAUCCAUAAUGCAGCUGAGGCACUACCUCUUCAUCGGCACGCUCAACCCCAUGCUCAACCGGCUGGCCGAGAAUGACCCUGACCUGGUGAGUCAGUACACCAAUGCGUUUGCCAUCACCCAGCUGUUUGGAGUGCUGUGUGCUCCCUGGAACGGACUCCUCAUGGACAGACACAAGGGAAAGCCUCUGGCUCCAGGAGAAACAGCGCUGGAGGCCGACCUGCGCUCCUCCUCCCUGUCUCUGCUCCUGACCUCCGUGCAGUGCCUGCUCUUCUCUCUGUGCGCCUCCUUUCCUCUCCUCCCCCUGCAGUACAUCACCUUUGUUCUGCAAGUCAUCAAUCGCUCCUUCCUCUACGGCGGAAAUGCAGCGUUCAUUAGCAUAGCUUUUCCAGCGUGUCACUUCGGGAAGCUGUACGGCCUGCUGAUGGCCCUUUCUGCUAUCAUCUCCCUGCUGCAGUACCCCUGCUUCGCCCUGGUCAAAGGAGCUCUGCACGGAGACCCCUUCUUGGUGGACGCUGCUCUCAGCCUCCUCAGUUUGCUGGUGUUCAUACAUCCUCUCUACGUAUUCAUCCACUGCAGGAAAGUAGCACGCCAAAGGGAGGACUACACUCAGAGUGACAAUAACGGCUCCAAAAUGGCCGAAGCCGAGUUCUAGAAAUAGUGUUUGUCGGUCUGUCUAAGUUUUAUACGUUUCACGGCAAGAACAAAAAUUAUCUUUUCCUUACCCAUUUCAUUUUUUACUAGAGAUUACCCAUUUUUGUAUAACAAUUUUUUCUUAUCUAAUUGCUCAGAUUUUUCAAAUGUUUUUUAUAAUUCAAAACAUGUUCAUAGUUUAAUAUAACAUGUUUGUUAUUGAUCAACUGUUCGUAAACAUUUAUUGACAUUGAGUGCUCUGUCUACAGACAUUUUAAAGCUUUAAAUAUAGAUUCAUAUGUCCACUUAUUUGUAUAACCACAGUACACGAUAAACUUUUAUUUAAACAAAUACUACUGAACUUUCUGUUAUGUUUAUAAACAGUGGAUAAUUCAUGA